AUGAAUAUAGUAAUACUUUGCAAAUCAAUUCUAGAAGUAAAGAUUGUCGAUCCAAACUAAAAGAUAUACGAUUAUAUGUGCAAAAUUUUUGAAAGGCCGAAAAACAACAUCAUAGUAUAAAUAUCACCCACUGAAAAAAUUGAUUAAGAGGAGUAUUUUUCAAAGUUUAUGAAUGAAAAUCUUGAUAAAAUAGCAUUUUAUGUUCUAGAUUCGAAUGGAUGCUCUAUAUAGUAUACUAACCAGCCGUAUAAGAAAUAGACUAGCAUUACAUAAUAUGGGUACUGCAGUCAAGAAACUGAUGAGAUCUCAUUGAGUAGAACUUUAACGAGAAACAUAUCAUCACAGAAUUUUGAUAUUGGUACUGUCAAAGUUAUUUAGACUAAUGUGUGUACAUUCUGUACGACUUAAAUUGAAGAGGAUGAUAUUCAAACAUCCUGUUAGCAUUUCUACCACGCUAAGUGCUUUAAGCUUAUAAUAGAGAACUAAUUGUUGUAAAAAUCACCAGUUCUAAAUUGUAUGUGUAAAAUUCAACUGAAUUUGAGUUCCCUAUUUCGAUUAGACGAUAAAUUUAUACUGAAUUAGUUGUCUGCAUUAGAGAAGAAUAUAUAGAAGAAGUUUGGAAAUGAAUUUAGGAAAUGCAAGAAUGUUAAAAGCUGUAAAUUUUUUUAUUUGCAUUUACCUUUCAUCUAAGAUUAACAUGAGUAUUGCCCAGAGUGCUUAUGGCGUAUAAAUAAAUGAUAAAUGAUAAAUGAAUAAUUAAUGAUAUAAAAAAUUUAUUGA